CCCUGUCCCACAGCUGAGACUUUUCCUUGCCAUUUCUCUGUCUCCCAGUCAAAGGGAUGUGACAAGAUGCCUGCAAACACCUCCAUGGUGACUGAAUUCAUUCUCGUUGGUUUCUCCCACCUGAUCAACCUCCAGGGCUUGCUCUUCUCUCUCUUUCUCACUGUCUACCUGGUGACCGUGGCAGGGAACCUCCUCAUCGUGGUGCUGGUCUCCACCGAUGCUGCUCUCCAAUCCCCCAUGUACUUCUUCCUUCGCAUCCUCUCAGCCCUGGAGAUUGGCUACACGUCCAUCACUGUCCCCCUGUUGCUUCACCACCUCCUCACUGGCCAGCGCCACAUCCCUCGCUCUGGAUGUGCUCUCCAGAUGUUCUUCUUCCUCUUUUUUGGUGCCACGGAGUGUUGCCUCCUGGCAGCCAUGGCCUACGACCGCUAUGCCGCCAUCCGCAAACCCCUCCACUACCCACAGCUGCUCAGUCGCCGAGCAUGUCUGCAGCUAGCUGGGACAGCAUGGACCUGCGGGGCAAUGGUGGGGCUCGGCCACACGUCCUUCAUCUUCUCCUUGCCCUUCUGCGGCCCCAAUGCCAUCCCACACUUCUUCUGUGAGAUCCAGCCUGUCCUGCAGUUGGUGUGUGGAGACACCUCACUUAAUGAAUUGCAGAUAAUUUUGGCUGCUGGCCUCAUCAUCCUCUGCCCCUUUGGCCUCAUCCUGGGAUCCUACUGGCGUAUCCUGGCUACCAUCUUCCAGAUCCCAUCUGCUGCUGGUCGCCAUAAGGCCUUCUCCACCUGCUCCUCCCACCUGAUUGUGGUCUCCCUCUUCUAUGGCACUGCCAUCUUUAUCUACAUUCGCCCUAAAGCCAGCUACAAUCCAGCCACUGACCCUCUUCUGUCCCUCUUCUAUGCUGUGGUCACCCCCAUCCUCAAUCCCAUCAUCUAUAGCCUGCGGAAUGCUGAUGUCAAGGCUGCCCUGAAGAGGACCAUCCAGAAAAUGGGGCCUACAGGGAUUUGAAAAGGGGGUG